AUGGUACUGCCAAUUGAGCUGGGCACCGCGGCUGCGUCGCGCGUACAGGAUGCCGUUCAAGGCGUGCUGAUUGCGCAUGAUAUGGCAUCGAAUGAUGACCAGGUCAUGGCCGAAUACGUCACUGUUAUGAUUGCAAACAGCAAAAGCAUGGACGCCAUCGCGGAGGAGCUGCGCGAGCUCGUUGGUGGCGAGCUGGAUGCCUCUGUUCCGGCGCAAAUUUGGGCGCGUGCAGAGGCAGCGGCGCGCGAAUCACAGGCGGACAUGCGCGCUGCAUCACCCCGUGCGCGCUCGCCGUCGCAGAUGCAGGAUGCGGAAUUCAAGGAACGCACACGAGCACGCUGGAACGACACUGCGCGACCCGCACGCGCGGAGCGCGGCGCGGAACGCAGCCUUCAUCAUGAGAGGGAAUUGUUCCCUGCAAAAGGACGUCGUAACGCAAAAAUAGAGCGGGGUAUGCACAGCGAUGCCAUGCCAGCGCAGCUGAGCAUCUUUGGGCGCGCUGGCGUGCCGGAUCCGCACGCCAUGCCGUUCGUCCCUGAAGGCAUGCCACCAUUCUCCGAGAUGAUGGCCGCCAUGGGCGGCCCUUCUCUCUUUACGCGCCUCGACCCGAUGAUGCCGAACAAUCCCCCGGUGGAUUUACAUCCAACGGUGACUAACGUGCCACGCGACAUGGCAGCGUUCCCAAGCAGGCCCGAACAGCGUGCACUGUGCCGCUAUUCAGUACACUGCACGAAUCCCCUCUGUGUCUAUAGCCACCCCACGCCCGCGAAUGCUGGCAACGCACUCGACGAGCGUGCGCUUGUGCUGAGCGAAGAAGCGUGUGAGAACGGCGAUGCAUGCACGCACCGCGAAUGCGUCAAGAGCCAUGUGAGCCCUUCCGUGACGCUGAUCAAGGCCAAAGGUGUCGCGCCACCGCCGCCCGCCGCGCGGUGCCGCUUCCAGCAACAGUGCCUUAAUCCUGGGUGCACCUACACACACUACGACGACAGCGGCCGUCUCACGGCAGCGCCCGCCGCCACACAAGGUCCGUGCCGAUUCAGUACGCAGUGCACACGCCCCGACUGCCACUAUACACAUCCCCCCCGCAGCAAGACCGUGUGUCGCUACGGCGAUGCAUGUAAACGCUUCGACUGCGUCUUUACGCACCCCCGCGAUCCGCCCGUCCACGCCACCGCCGACAGGCUUGCUGCGUUUGCAGCCACGCACGAAGGAAAGAGAGAACGGAUUCUUCCGGGAGAGUCUGCAGGGCAAAGCGCUGGGGCGAUGAGCGUGACGAAUAGUGCCUAG